CGAUAGACGAGUGCGUAUCGUGCUUACAGAGUGGCGGGAUGCUAAAAUGACAGCGCUGCAGUACGCGCAACUCGUUGAGACAGACCGCUAAAAGUGUUUUUUUUUCUCUCGACUGUUUCGAUACCGCUGUUUGUGGCCCUAUACGGAUUAGCAGCAUGGACUUGGACUGACGACUAGCUACAGGAUGCACUAGAUCGAACAAAAAGCGAAGUGCACGCACUCGCCACGCUCAGCGAGAAGAUGGCGGCGAACGAACCGGAGAGCGAUGUCCAGAUGAGAAGCCGAGAAGAGUCCCAGAGCUUCCGUGCCCGCGUCCAGUUCCGAAAGUCCCAUUCGGGACCUCCAAAGAUGGAGGGCUACCUCCGCAAGAGGACAGCAAAACUGAAUCUCAAGUGGUUCUGGCGCAAGUACUGGUUCGUGCUAGACGGCCGCUCUUUGCUAUACUUCAAGUCGCAGUCAAACUAUAACUCUCUCGGCACCUGCAAAGGUCUAGUGGACUUCGGCUUGGUGCAGGCAGUCAGGCCGUCGCACGGCUCCAAGAACACCUACGCCAUGGAAGUCAUCACCCGGUCUGACGUCAUACACCUCGCUGCCGAUGACUGGCAAACGCGGCAGGUGUGGGUGGCGGCGCUGCAGGCGGCCAUCCAAAUCAGCGAGGUCUCGUGGCCUUUCAAGGUGCAGCUGGACAACGCGCCCAAACUGGUGCAGAUACAGCGAGGAGAGGCUCCCAACGCUUCGUCCGCCUCCGACAGCGAGGGCCGUCAUUCCAGGCACAACGACCGCCGUCGGAAGACGUCCAGCCUGAUUAUCUACGAAAACGUCAGCAUCGAGACCCCGACUCGAAACAACGAGAGUUCCUCGGACCGUCGGCCCUCAAGCGAGGGCGCCAUCUACCAGCAAAUAUCGGAAGCCGAACUCAAAGCCCACGACUGCGAACCGAGAACGUCGGACUGCAACGCUUUCGGCAAGGACCAUCCUUGUUCGCAGACCAAGAAGGACAAGGGAUACGGCGGCAUGCUCAGAAGGGCCCGGUCCUUCAGCUGCGGUCUCAUGAGCGCCAAGGGACGUCUCCCCGGCUUUCACCGGCACCGCGACAAGUCUUCGAAACGCGGAAGCAAAGAUUCGCCCAGCCAGAAGCACGACUCCACUUCCGGUAGUCCGGCUCCGACCCCGGACUCGAACCGCGUGUCCAAAGAAGCGAGAACCGCGUCGCACCGGAAGCAAGACUCGGACGGUUCCGUUCGAUCGGCGGAACUGUUUUCACGACAGACUAGCAACUCUUCGAACAGGACGUCGCACAAGAAGCAAGGUUCCACGGGAUCGGCGAAACUCGACGUGACGAUGCCAGCGGCGGCGGUGCGGAAUCGAAUCGCCUCUUCUUCGAGUCGCACCGACGAACAUCGCAUCACGGCGUGCCUGGACGUCAACCCGACCUAUCAGACGGCCGCAGAAUCCAGGGCCGACGGUUUCGCGACGGAGCCCGCGACUAGAAAGAGGUACGACUCUUCGUCGUGUCGUCGGGACGUCGUUGACGACGACGACUUUGCACCGGAGUGUCCUUCCAGGCCUCAUCCUGCGAGCCCCAUGCCGCGAAGCGACGCCUCCGCCCCGAUGCCCAGCUUCGAAUACGAACACCACGUACCACCGUCUCUGAUGGGCGACAAAGUCGGAGACGACGAAAGACAGCGAAAGAAGCCUCCGAAUCUCAGAAUGAAUCCGAUGGCCGCGAUGAUACCGAACCGCGAGUACGCCGAAGUCUACGAGGACCACGUGCUUCCGUCUCCGCUGAGGCGGUCGGCAGACGACGCCACCAGGAGAGGAACUACCAGUAUGGGGCACACGAUGAUUCAGGCACCGAGUUCGGAAUACGCCGAAAUCGACGAAGGCGAUGGCGGUUCGUCGCUGUCCAGGACUCUCUCGAGUCCUCCCUGCAGCGGCAGGGCACCUUUAGCGAGGAGGCCUUCAAACCCGGAGUCCUCCGUUUCGAGGAAAACGAGCAAGGACUCGGCGGACGACUCCUCGCUGCACAUCUACCAGGAAGUUCGAGGUCUUUCUCGCAGUCCGUCGCCUUCACCGCGCACCGUGUUUAUGGCAUCGCUGGCUUCGAGCACGAGGCCCGCCGAGAUGGAUGACGAGGAGGAGAGUUACUACUCCAGCAUCUCGGAGGAGGACCUCAGGAGGUACCAGUGGUCCAGCGAUCUCGCCCGUGUAGGCGAGACCUCCGAGACCGGCACCGAGUCGUCCACGUACAACACGGCCGAUGCGAGCGGCAGCAGCGAGGCGCUGGCCGAGACCGGCUACAUGGAAGACAACCCGCACAUUACCGUCACGACUACCGACAGUAACCACAGCAGCGGAGGCAGUAGUGGCGGCCGGAUAGACACGGCUCCUCCGAGCGAGGCGAUGCGUGAGCUUCGCGAACUUCUCGACUGCCUCGGAACCGACGACGACGGUAACAUGCUCACGGGACAGAGGAGCAUCGCCAGGGCCCGACAGCUCCUCGUUCGAGAGAUGGCUACCAACGAGGCCUAACUUAAAAACA